AUGCCUGAAUUAACUCAAGAAGAAAAACCACCUUACAUAGUCACCUUAAAUUCGGACGAACAAGAAAUUGCUACACAAUCAUUAUCUGAUGAUGCGUUAACGAAUAGAGAAUUAAACGGAUGGAAGCUAUUUCCGUUAGCGUCUGGAGCCUUUUCUAUAAUGAUAGUAUUGACGGCUUAUUUAUUGACGACUCUCGCAACUCAAUCGGGGUUUGAAUUGGAUCUCGUGACUCCAUGCAGAACGGAAGUUAUUGGUUAUAAAUGUGUUACGAAGUUUGGAUUUUGGUAUAUUGAUACGGCAAACUAUACUAGAUAUAUAUCAGCAAUCACUACGGCGGUGAAAUGCGUGAUUUAUAUUUCUCUCGGAUCUCUUGCAGAUCAUGGAGAUAUGAUUUGGCUCGCAGGACUUUUAAGCAUCGUAUCAGUUGCUAGCUCACAUAUUGCAACAGUAUUUUAUUUGGCAUAUAUUCCAACAUAUACGAGAGUACAUUCUAAGCUUAUAGAAUCCAAAGCAAAUAAUUCAUCACUUGAAGAAAUGAUUAAAGAUGAAGACAAAGUUUCAAGCACUUUUACCACCCAUUCAGCGGCAAUUGGUAGCGCCAGUUUCAUUCUAAUUUGUUUCAUACAGAUAGGAAUUGCCAAGUUAAUGAAUAAUGAUCCUUAUAAUCAACAAGUAACUAUCGCAUUUAUCGGCUUUUGGGGUAUAGUGUUUUAUACUAUUCCACUUUACAUGAUUCGAGAUCGCAAGAAUCCCCCAUUACCAAGUGGACAAUCUUAUUUUUCAUAUUCAAUCAAAAGAUUUUUUAAAACCAUACCAAAACUUUAUCAUUUAAGACAAUUUUCAAAAUAUUUAAUCGCAAAUAUUCUAAUUUUAAAUUCAAUCUUGAACCAUGUAAUAACAAUAAUUUUGUUGGCGACAAACUUACUACCAUCAUUUAAUUCAACGAAAUUAGCAAUCAGUACGGUAAUAUUUCCUAUCGGAAGUAUUUUUGGGAUGUAUUUCUCUCUUUAUAUUCAAAGGAAGUUUGACAUUUCCGUUAAGACGAUCACGUUAAUUUCUAUCGGAUGUUAUUCGUUGGCACAAAUAUUUGAAUUGAUAGGAAGUUGGGUUAAACCUAUUGAUUCUUACUCAUAUGAAUCGAUAUUUUGGUAUACCGCCGUUUUUAGAAAUCUUUUUGCGGGUGUAAUAUUAACUUAUAAAGUAUUACUGGCCGCUAGUAUUAUGCCUCCUAAUGCUGAUAAUGAGUUUACUUCGUUAUGCAGUAUCUCACAUAAUCAAAUAUAUUUCGAAGAAGAGAAUUUUCAGGUGAUUGUAAUGGUUGCUGUUGAACUAUGCCUAAAUCUUCUUUAG